AUGGAGUCCAGGGUCCCACAGCACAUCCCAGGGGUGUCCUCUUCGCUCAUGUCCCAGCCUCUGCUGGACAGUCGAGUGCCCUAUGGCCGCCUGCAGCACCUCACCAUCUACCCCCUGGACCAGAUCAAGUCCACACACAUGGAGAAUGACUACAUCGACAGCCCGGCCGUGGUGUCCCAGCAACCCCCGAGUCAGAAGGCAACCCGCAGGGUCACGUGGGUGGGGCAGGGUCAAGAGAACUUUCUGGGAGCCAACCACAACCUCCAUCACAACCACCAACAGUUACAUCUGCACCAGGACAGCACCACUCAUCCCUGGAUCUCCUUCAGCGGGAGGCCCAGCUCCAUCAGCAGCAGCAGCAGCACUUCUUCAGACCAGAGGCUGCUGGACCACGCUGCCCCCACCCCUGUGGUGGACCACCAUUCAAACCUGCACCCCAGUGCCAUCAACACGGUCAGCCGGACCCCCGCGUGCUUCUCUUCCUCUGAGACGAAAACUCUCAGCUCUUCCUGCACCUCCAAAUCUCUGGACCUCAAGUCUGCACAGGUGUCCAGUGGGGGGUCGUGCCCCACCAUUGGGCAGCACACGUUGUCUCUAAUCCCCUCUUCUCCCGCGGAGAAGAAGCACCUGGUGGUUUGCGAGACGUGUGGAAAGUGCCGCUGCACAGAGUGCAAACUGCCCCGGACCCUGCCCUCCUGCUGGGUGUGUAACCAGGAGUGUCUGUGCUCCGCCCAGAGCCUUGUGGACACUGCCACCUGCAUGUGCCUGGUCAAAGGCAUCUUCUACCACUGCACCGAGGAUGAGGACGAUGAAGGCUCAUGUGCGGACAAACCCUGCUCCUGUUCGCAAGCCCACUGCUGCGCCCGCUGGUCCUUUAUGACCGCGCUCUCCUUUGUCCUGCCCUGCCUGGUCUGCUACCUUCCAGCCGUUGGACUGGCAAAACUGGGACAAAAAUGUUACGACAAGGUCAGCAGACCCGGCUGCCGCUGUAAGAACUUACAAGGCCCUACAAAUGUUUGUAAAAGUGUGGAGGCUAAGAUCGGGACAAUAGAGAAGCAGCCGGGGUCAUGA